CAAAACUUUUCGAUCGAGCACAUUUUUAUUGGCUCAGAUUAAUAAAGUGGCCCUUUCAAGCCAACGUGCGCCCUCUUACAAUGGUGAACUGAUUCUUCAUUCCCGCGCACUGUUAAAAACAACUUGAUGAAAAAAUAUCGCUCAAGCGUGGUGUAUUUACCUUUCGAAUUCAAUGCCGCAUCGGAGCUGAAAAAAGCAUUUUCACUAUCGCCCAGUGAAUUUGAAUGAAAAGCGUCCAUGAAAAUCCAAAGGUGACCAUGAAAUCCUCACUAGUAUUACUUGUUCUAUUUUUUGCAUCGAGUAUUAAAUUUAACGAGGCUCUUAUUCAUGAUCCUGAAAUAGUUCAUUUUAUGGACCCAGGUGAAUGGGUUGAUAAUGAUAAGUCUGGCUUGCGCAUUUUUUGCCACAAUGCCAAGUCAAAGUAUAUUAUUAAUUUAUGGAAAACCGUUAUCAUGACUUUGAAAACAAAUUUAGAAAGCUAUGAAUUGUAUGAAGGAAGUUCUCCGCAUGAAGUUGUAGAUAAACAUGAAGAAAAUCAGAGAUAUUGGCGGUUCAAUUUGUUUAGUUCCAAAAAAAGCAAACAGUUUAGCAUUAAUCCAUUUGAAAAUAGUUGCAUUGGGGUGUACAUGAGCCCCAAAGGAAAUCAAUUUAAAUACAAAUUGAUAAUGACUCAAAAUACUAUUGAUUUAUUCAAGAUAUCAUUGACUGCAGUGGGUAUAUUCAUGUUUUGGUAUGCCAAAAAAUUAAGUCGAAACACUCUCUUUUAUUACAUGAGUGGAAUUAGCCUUGGAGUCACUUUAUCAAUUCUUAUUUUGAUUUAUUUGUUGGGAAAACUAUUUCCUAAAGGCAAGUUUAUGUACUUAAUGGUGGCUACUGGCUAUACAAUGAGUUUUUAUGUGGCUCAAAUACUAUUAGAAAAUGCUCAGAUGAUAGCUAUGCAAUAUCGAGAUUAUGUUUUGUAUUACAUCCUAUCUACAGCUCUGAUAAGUUUUAUAAUUUGUUAUCGAAUUGGACCUGUUACCAAUACUAGAACAAGAAAUAUCAUUCAGUGGGCUCUGCAGAUUGCUGGAUUAGUGUGUGUUUAUCACAGUAGUUACUUUAGAGAAGCAUCAACAUCACUUUGCAUAUUAUUAUUGGUACUCUACAAUGUUCCAACCAUAUUUUACUACAAAAGUCGUGACUAUUGGAAACAAAUGUUUCCGGAACGUCGUCGUUUGCUAACUGAUGAUGAAUACCGAAAAGAGGCAGUGAUAGAAACUAAAAAAGCAUUGGAUGGACUUCAACAAUUUUGUCAUAGUCCACAAUGUAAUCCGUGGAAAACAGUUUUAACAUUAAAAGAUCCUAUAAGGUUUGCCAGAUUUAUGGAAGGAAAUAGUCACCUUUUAGAAAAUGAAUCUAUGGAACAUGAUGCUGAAUUAACUAAACUUAUAGAUGAAUGUGAUCUCACAGAUGAUGAAGAAUACGAUAAUAGUAAUUUUUCUUUCUAAAUGUGACAAUAAUGCCAUAUUAUUAUUGUGUUUGAAUUGUAUAUCAGCGUAAUAAUUGACUUGCUGUCUGUUUUUUGAUCAUGUUUUGAAGAGAAUUUUAUUUAUGAAUAUGGUGACUUUUCUAGUUUACAUAAAAAGUAGAAAUGAUAUGAGUUUCGGGACAAUACAAAAAAAAUAAUCCUCCAAUCAUACAAUUUUAAAAUACCAGCAAAAAUAAAAGUCUUUUAUUUUGCGUUAUCAUAUGAAACACUUCGAAAUGAAUAGUAGGCCGCGAAAAACAGAAAAGUCUGAGGGUACGUGUAAUUAGCGGCCGAGGCGAAGCCGAGGCCAAUAAACACGUGCCCUGAGGCUUUCUGUUUUCGCGGCUUAGGCCUCUAUACUAUUCAUAUCCCGUGACUCGAAAAUAGCUCUUCCCGUUUAGCACAGCGGCCGGGAAGUAGUCAUUUUCGGGCCACUAGUAUGAAAAUUGAAUUUGAUUUAGUUACGGUACAAUGAAAUUAGUGUUUAUAGAAUUAGAAAUAUAAUGUUGAUCUUGCUUGUGAGGUGAUAUUUUGUAAAAAUACUUGAUAAGGCGACAAUUGCAAGUAUGACUUGCUGUUAAUAAAAUAUUUAUUUUCUCAUAAA